UAGUCUCGAACUUACGAAGAAAUUGGGGUAUCAUUUACUGGUAAUAUAUGAGAUAGUGAACCUAUUUUUGGCCUACUGUGACAUGAUCUCUUGCACUCCUCAGCACAAUCGAUAGUAAGCUAAGACCCCCCCCAAUAUGACAGACACGUUGUUCUCGCUCAAGGGCGAGAAAGCUCUUAUCACUGGUGGCACGAGGGGUAUUGGACGGGCUGUAGCUGUUGGGCUUGCUGAGGCGGGCGCGGAUAUAAUCUUAGUUCAACGGUCCACAGCAUCGACAGAGACCAAGGAUGCCGUCGAAGCCGUUGGUCGUAAAGCCCAUAUCUACACAGCGGAUCUCGCAAACGCAGAAGACGUAGCAGGCCUGGUCCCUCGGAUCCUAGCGGACGGACAUACGAUACGGAUCUUGGUAAACUGCGCGGGUAUUCAGAUUCGCCAUGCACCUGAAGUCUUCCCCGACGCCGACUACCGCGCAGUAAUGGGCGUAAACGCGGAUACCGUAUUCACAUUAACACGCGACGCGGGCGCACAUAUGCUAGGUCUCGAACCCUCUCCAGUUACGGGCCGCCGCGGCAGUAUAAUUAACUUCGCAAGCCUGCUCUCGUUCCAAGGCGGGCUGAAUGUACCCGCAUACGCAGCAAGUAAAGGCGCCGUAACACAGAUGACCAAGGCUUUUGCGAAUUCGUGGACGGAGAAGGGUAUUAAUGUUAACGCUGUGGCACCUGGGUAUAUCGCGACGGAUAUGAAUACGGCGCUGAUAAAUGACCAAGAGAGAGCGGCAAGUAUUAGCGCAAGGAUCCCGGCCGGGCGUUGGGGAGAUCCGGAAGACUUCAAGGGAAGCGCUGUGUUUCUAGCUGGCAAGGCGAGCGCGUAUGUGAGUGGGCAUACACUGGUUGUUGAUGGCGGAUGGAUGGGUCGGUAGAGAAGGGAGUGACGCAUAGUAAGAGAAUGCUUAAUGGGUUGCCAUAAUAUAUUUUAUUCUUUUACAAGAGGUGGUUAUAGUAUCAUAGCAGUCAUAAAUAUUGAACAGCUCUAGAACGCCCGCAUCCAAAAUGAACCAUCCAACAGCGCAAAAUACAAAUAAUAUAACAUCACUUCGCAGAAGCCAUCACUUGUUCCAUCCAGGGAUAUACCGAAGAAUUCGCCAUAGGAUAUCCCAUAUGCAAA